ACCGUCGCCGGGCAGUCUACAUUCUAGAUUCUACUAAUGCCCUUUACCGCUCGAUUUAUCGGUUCUGAAUCUGAACGCAAUCGAAAAUCUUGAGUUAGUUAGGGUUUAUUAUUAUACGAUUGAUUGCAUUUACAACGGAGGCAAAACUAUCAACUUACAUCACUUCGAUGGAGAAGAUAACAGCGAAUUUGAAACACAUGGAUUCGAAGAGGGACUGCUUUCGCAAAUCACUUCUCACGCUCGGUAUUGAAUGGAGGGAUAUUGAAGAUACUAUGGAUUCCGUGGAGAAGACCUUUGAGGAAGGGGUUUGCGCACUUGAUGAAAGUGAAGAUGAUUUGAAUUCAAUGAGUAAGUCCGUUGCCGAAAGUAAGGAAGAAAUCGGAUUGUUAAAGAGUUCAUUGGAGUCCCGUCUUGAAGAACUUAACCGAAGGGAGGAAAAAAUAUUUCUAUAUGAACAGGAGCGGAUUGAGUAUUUGAGGACGAGAGUUAAGUUUACGGAGGAUUUGUUUGGAGAAAUUAGUAGGUCUGCUGAAGAGAGACUCAAGGAAGCUGAUUUGAGAGAGGAGAUGGUAGAGUCGAAGUUGAAUGAGUGGGAGUUUGCUGAAGAAUCGAUACGAAGAAGGUCGAGAGAAGUUGAUAAGAAGGAGGAUGAAUAUGAAUGUCGUUCUAAGGAUUUGGACAAUUUACACAAUUUGGUGGCGAAACGAUUAGCCAAAGUUAAGGCCAGGGAGAAAGAAUGUGAAGGACGUUGGAAUGAUUUGAUGCAUAAGGAGAAGGAAGUUGAAGUUUUAGGUAAAAAAUACACAGAACUCAUUGAAAAUUUCAAUGUCAAGGAGAAAGAACUUCAAGAUCGCUUCAAAGAGUUUGAUUUGACACGGAAACUGAACGAGGAAUCAGGAAAGAAAAUUGAAUGGGAAGGUAAAGAGCUUGAUUCUAAGAUAAAACAAUUCAAAGGACGUUCGAAAGAAUUGAUGCAGAGGGAAAAGGAUGUUGAAGUUCUAGGGAAAGAACGAUUAGAGGAACUUAAGGCCAAGGAGCGACAAUUUGAAGUACGUUGGAAAGAAUUGCUGCAUAAGGAGAGUGAAAUUGAAGUUCUAUGGCAAAAACAGAUAGAAGACACCGAAGAUUUCAAUGUUAAGGAGAAAGAACUUAGGGGACGCUCCAAAGUGCUUGAGGUGUUCCAGAAACUGAACAAGGAGACAGAAAAGAAAAUUGAAUUGGAAUGUAAAGAACUUGAAUCUAAACAAAAACAAUUUGAUUCUGUCGAGGCAUCCUUUAAUCAGUCUCUUAAGGAAUUUCAUUUGAAAAAAGAGCAAUUUAAGUUAGACAAGGAAAUGUUAGAAAAACACAUAAAAGAGCUUGAUCUUAAAAGGGAGGAGCUUGCUGAGAAGUCGAAGGAAAAUCAGCAUAUUCAGGAAUCGUUAAAGCAACAAGCUAAGAAGAUUGAAUUAGAAAGGAAGCAAAUCAAGAUACCGAGGUUAAAAGACCAGAAUGAUGAGAAGCCAACUAUCAGUGGUUCAUCCUCAGAUAUUUGUUUUGUUGUAACCAUGAAUGGCGAAAACCUGCAGUUGUUCUUGAAUGAGAAUUCAAACAAUCACAGCUCUAUGUUUGAAGAAGUCCUUAAAAUGCUUCGAUUGUCAAGAGACCCUUCCAUGCUUGUUCUAGAUGCGAUGGAAGGGUUUUAUCCUCCCCAUUUGUCGAAGGAAGGUAAAACGUUUGAAACUAGUAUAGUGAGGAGGAGUUGCAUCCUUCUCUUGCAACAGUUUGGGAAAAUAUCUAUGCAGAUUCAAUCUAAGACAAAGGAAAGGGCGCUCAGACUUGCAGAAGAGUGGAAGAGGAAAAUUAAUCUUGUAGAUUGUAAUUCUUUGGAGGUGUUUGGUUUAUUGCAUCUCUUAGCUUCCUAUGGCCUGGUCCCUGAUUUUGAUGCAGUUGAUAUUAUAAAACUCCUGGAUUUUGUUGCUGAGGAUGAUAAAGUUUUCGAAUUGUGUGGUAUACCCUGUUUUGCAGAAAAGGUUCCAGAUCUGAUAAAAGAGUUAAUUGAGAAAUCGAGAUUUAUUGUAGCUGUUAGAUUUAUUUGCAAGCUUGAUCUUGUCACCAAGUUUCCACCUGUGCCUCUUUUGAAAAAACACAUAGAGCUCUGGAGAAAGAUUGCAGAUAGUACUUGUAAGAGUGGAAAAAAUACGCUGGAAGCGCAGAACAAGGCUACAGAUGAAAGAAUAGCUUCUUUAAGCGCAGUUGUCAGUUGUAUUUUGGAUUUCGACCUUCAGUCUGAAUACCCUCCAACAAUCCUUCAAUUUGGUAUUGAACAGAUGUUAAAAAAGAAGUCUGAGAAUAAAGAUGGUAUCAAACAGAUGUUAAAAGAGAAGUCUAGUGAUGAAGUUAAACUUGAUCCUUUGGUUAACACAGAUAGUAUUAUUGUGACUCAAAUCCUUGCUAACAUGGAUGCAAAGAGUUUAUUACAAUUUCUAAGCAAACAUUUGUCUGAGCUUGAACUAAUGCAAAUUUAUGUUUCCAAGGUCCUUAAUAUGUCAUCUGAUCCUGGGAAAUUUGUGAUUGUUGCUUUAGAGGAGUUUCGACACUCAUUUGAUGUUUCCAGUAGUACAAAGAGGAUGAGCAAAAGAAAUAUUAGUAUAAUGAGGAGUUUUCUAUUUGUUUUGGAGCUAUUAGCUGAUAUCCCAUUUGAGAUUGAGAUCCCAGUUCUAGAGGCAGCUAAAGAAGUUGCAGUAGAUUGGAAAGCAAAACUAUCAUUGAAGGAGAAUCCAGUGCACAUUUUGGCUUUUUUGCAACUGGUUUUCACAUAUAAACUGACACCUGGAUUUGAUCCAAAGGAUCUUUAUAAUCUUUGUUGCUCUGUUUCAGAUUGCAAAGAGCUUCCAGGAUUAUCUGAAAUCCUUGCUUUGUCAGAAAAAGUUCCUGUGAGUAAGAUCCUUAAUGUUCAGGACACGAUCAAGCUACCUGUAAGCAAGAGAGCUCCUUUGAACUCACUGGCAGAAGCAAAAGUUCCUGAUCUGAUUCGGUUAUCAUCUGAUCCCUCAAGGCUAUUAUUGGAUGUAAUGCAGUGUUGCUAUUUCUCAAAUUUAGAGGAUGUUAACGGUGCAAAGAGCGCUAUGGGAGUUUUUGUUUCCAUACUCAAAAAUUUGCUAAAGGUUACUAUGGAGAUAUACCCACGUACCCAAGCCGAAGCUUUGAGAUUUGCUGCUUUUUGGAAAGCAAAAUUGUUAGAGAACACAUCUAAAAACCAAGAAGUUCUCUGCUUCGUGCUGUUUUUAUCAGUCUACAAAUUGGUAUCUUUGUUUGGUUGUGAUGAACUUCUUUGUCUUCUCAAUUUUCAUGACGACAAAUUCACUAUAAAUCUACUACAACAGUUUAAUCUCGAUAAUAGGAUGCCAGAGUUGAUUGAAAUUCUCAUUGCAAAAGAACGGCAGCUUGAUGCUCUUAUCUGUAUUUACGCUUAUAAACUCUUCGACAAGUUCCCACCUGUUCCCAUAUUGAAGAGUUACCUAGGGAAAAUAUGCGAUAAAGAACAGACUCUUGAAGCAUUGGGAAUGGAGGUAGAUGAAGAAAUAACUGCACUGCAAGCAGUUAUCAAAAGCAUGGGUGAUCGUGGACUAACCCUGCCCAAUGACUUCAGUAGACGAGUGAAAGCUCUGCUGCUUCAGAAAAAGAUUGAUGGCGAAAAUGUGAGUUCCAUUUCUCGAUCACAAAAACCUACGCUAGUUCAGGCAAAGGCUGAUGGAGAAAAUGUGCCUUCCAUUUCUCAAUCACAAAAACAUCUAUUGAUUCAGGAAAAGGCUAAUGGAGAAAAUGUGCUUUCCAUAUCUCAAUCACAAUCACAAAAACCAAAGUCCGGGAGAAUAAUAAUUCUUUCUCCUUCCCCCACUACGGAUAACAAAGAACAUACAAAGCUGCUCCCAUCUCAAACUGGGAAGAAACGUUCUGCACCUUCUUCUCCCCAUGGUUCAAAACGGAAAGCUGUUUUACCAUCAUCAGCAGAAGUAGCCUUAAAUGUUUGUAUUCCCUAUCAAUCACCAUCAGCAACUCUACCAUUGAGAUGUCCUGACGGUGUUUAUGCCCCUUCUUUCACCUAUUGUCUAGAUCAAACCAGUCAUAUCACACCCAAUACACAGUCAUGGCAAUGUGAACCACGCAUGGCUCAUAUUCAUGAUGAUGUAAGUCAUUUCCCUUCAUUCUCUGGUGCGAAUCCUGUUUUUUCUGGACCAGGGCAUUAUGAGUGGCCAUAUCAGAACCAUUUUGAUCCAAACUAUAUUAGUAGAAACCGUUUUGAACCAAACUAUAGUAGUAGAAACCAUUUUGACCCUAGAUGGUAUCCUAAUUGAAAAAGAUAAAUUCUUAGCUAGAUAACCUUGUGUAGGAAAACUUGUCUAUGAAUAGUUUAAAGGUGUUUGUCACUUCAAAAUAUUUGUAGUUGCUUUUUUUUUGUUUCUUCAGUUGGAGAAAGAUUAGACUAA